AGACAACAACCCUUCCAUUCGUUCACUUGCAUUCGGUGUACCAACAAAAGUGCCAUCUGGAUUCUUCUUCCAGAUUGUCACCACUAACGUUCAACCUCCUCGUUCUCUUGUGCAGUUCACAAUAUGCCUUCGUUUCUCAACAGCCUGGUGGUCUUUGGGCUGGCUGCCACUUCGACUCUCGUUGAGGCAUCGCCUCGGCGAGGUGGCCCUCCUCAAGGCUCACAUGGCGGCCGGCCUCUCGGCAUGCCAAAUUGGCGCGGUCAAGGCAAGACUGCUGGCAGCCCAUCAUACCCUUGGAUAUUCGAGAACACUCUUCCCAUUCCUGCAGUCGCUCAGCCAUUGUUCACAGAAACGAUCAAUGGUCGAACAAUACAAUACUACGAGACCACCAUCGAACCUUUUCAACAACAGGUCUACCCAAACCUGGGCAAGGCAAACCUAGUUGGAUACAACGGGACUGCUCCUGGAGCCACAUUCAUGAUCCCAAGAGGCACAGAGACAAUCAUUCGAUACCAUAACAAGGCAACACAAUCGGCGUCAGUUCACCUUCACGGCUCAUACACUCACUCUGUGUGGGAUGGAUGGGCGUUCGAUGAGAUUCAGCCAGGCCAAUACAAAGAUUACUAUUAUCCUAAUACCGAGUCUGCGCGACCAAUGUGGUAUCACGACCACGCGCAUGGACACACCGCUGCAGAUGCAUACUAUGGUCAAGCUGGCUGCUACAUCGUCACAGACCCUGCUGAGGAUGCUCUGGGACUCCCAAGUGGAAACUAUGAUAUUCCACUCGCUAUAACAGAUAAAGCGUAUACGGCGACCGGCGACCUUCAGAACCCCACCAGCAACAAGAUUAACUUCUUUGGAGAUAUCAUAGAGGUCAAUGGCCAGCCUUGGCCAUACCUCAAUGUGGAGCCUCGCAAGUAUCGCUUCCGGCUCUUCGAUAUGGCUCUCAGUCGUGCUUUCGAUUUCUACCUUGUCGAUCAGGACAACAACAAUAUUCAGUUCCAGGUCAUUGGUUCGGACUCAGGCCUCUUCGCUUCUCCAGUCGAUACUAAAGACGUUGUCGUGUCGAUGGGUGAGCGCUACGAAAUCAUCGUCGACUUUUCUGGAUUUAAGGGUCAGAACGUCACGCUCAUGAACGGCCAGCAAAUCGCUCAGAUCAACGAAUUCGAGAACACCGAUAAAGUCAUGCGAUUCGUCGUCGGCAACGAGGUCUCUGAUAGCUCAAACAACGGCGCUGUCCCAUCUUCUCUGAAUACGGCUAUCCAAUGGCCAACGCACAAGGAUACUGUUGAUAAGACCUUCAACUUCCAGAUGGGUGGUGCAAAUCUCUGGACCGUCAACGGUGUUGACUUUAGCGACCCGAACUCCCGAGUGCUCGCUCGACCACCCCAGGGUACUGUUGAGCGAUGGCGAUUCCAUCAUACGGGCGGCCUCGCCGUACACCCGGUCCACUUGCACCUUGUGAACAUGCAGGUCCUUUCCCGAACUGGUGGUGCUCGAGGUCUUAUGCCUUACGAGGCUGCUGGACUCAAGGAUGUGGUCAUGCUUGCUCCCGGCGAGACGGUUGAUGUCCUUGCCAUGUACGGUCCUUGGAAUGGCGUGUAUAUGUUCCACUGUCAUAAUCUCGUCCACGAAGACAAUGUCAUGAUGGCUGCAUUCAAUGCCACCACCCUUUCCGAUCUUGGCUACGAGUUCAACAGCACACAAGGCUUCGGCGACCCGAGCGACACGCGCUUCGCAGCGAAGGCAUACGAUGCCUCAUCGUUCGAAGACGCGGCUUUGCACAGCGCCGUUUCGUCCCUUGCAGCCCUCAAUGCUUACGCUCCUGCAUCGGCACUAAUGUCAGCCGAGUCAGCGUACUGGGCAACUGCAGGCUCAAACGCGGUAGUGACAGCCAACGCUUUUGUCGCUACCGCCACAUUCGCACCUACCGAGACAGCAGCGCCUACGAGCUCGGGUGUUGGUUUCGUUGCUCCUACCGUACAGGCCACCAGCACAGCCCUUUUCGGCCGAGUGACUGGACUUCCGCAGCCAUUCAGAGCCUGACGUCUUGCCCGAUGACUUGCGUACGGCGUUCCUCAGACAGAACGGCUUCAGUAGCCGCUUGUAGAUUUCGUAUGGUCAUGAGUAUGCAUAAGCAUUGGGUCGGAGUUUUACCAUGAAAAGACAUGAUAUUUCUGGGUGGAAAGGUCGGUGAGAUCUGUAGCUUUGGCGAUAUGAUGUUAAUGUUUUUCGAUCCUGUUGUAUAACCCGCUACAAAGGCAUGGCAAUGAUGAUUGCGCUCCACUGGGAAUCGAAACUCCUCCUGU